AUGCUCCGUCACGUACGCUACGAGAAUACCUGGCGUCAUCUGCAACUGAACGCAACCCUGCUUCACCUUAAAUCCUUGAUCCGUCGUGUGAGCACCAUGAAUCGUUUAGACAACUACACCGACCUGUUCCUAAACUUCAACAUCACCGUCGACGACCUCGACUACGUGAACACCUUCAAUAUUGAGAAUCUGACCAGCCAGAAGACGAGCACGACGACGAACAGCGAGCCGACCGGUUGCUACUGCAACGGGAUAGUCCGGGACCUGGCGGUUAAGUACAAGGAUCAUUAUCACGGUUACGUGGCGCUGAUUGUCUGCCUGUUUGGAACCCUCGCGAACAUGCUGAACAUUAUCGUGCUGACCAGGAAAAAUAUGGUCACCGCUCCUAUAAACCGUAUACUGACCGGUCUCGCGGCUGCGGACAUGCUGGUCAUGCUCGAGUACAUACCAUUCGCGAUUUAUAAAUACAUGGUGCUGCCACAGAGAAAGAAAUUUCCUUACGGCUGGGCGGUCUUCGUCCUAUGCCACAUGCACUUCACGCAGACCCUACACACGAUCAGCAUCGCGAUCACGCUCACGCUGGCCAUCUGGAGGUACAUCGCGAUCAGAUUUCCGCAGAACAACUCAUGGUGUACACCAGCACGCUGCACAUUGGCCCUCUGGACCAGCUUCCUGACGCCCUUCGUCGCCUGCGCGCCCAGCUUCUUCGUGUUCGGCAUAAGAAAGGAGACGCUGAAUGAGAAUGGGACCGUGGAAAUUGCGUACGUCGUCGAUGCGGAUUGCUCUCAGCACAAGGACUUCUUCUACCAGCUGAAUUUCUGGGUGUUGGGGGUGGUCGUGAAGCUUCUGCCCUGCGUCAUUCUCACGGUGAUCAGCUGCUGGCUGAUAAAAGCCCUUUACAGGGCGAAGGGCCGGAAGCAAGCGUUGAAGAGCUACAAUCAGUUCACAAGCCCCACAGUCAACGGACUGAUCCCACAACGGCCAAGCAAGUCGGACAAAAGGGCGGACAGAACGACGAACAUGCUGGUCGCGGUGUUGCUUCUAUUCUUGAUCACAGAGAUUCCCCAGGGUGUCCUUGGCCUUCUGUCCGGCGUCCUAGGGGACUGUUUCUUCCGUAACUGCUACCACAACUUCGGCGAGGUGAUGGACAUACUAGCGCUUCUGAACGGCGCCAUCAACUUCAUCCUGUACUGCUCCAUGUCCAGGCAGUUUCGCACCACUUUCGGACAACUGUUCAAGCCCCGGAUCAUGAAGAAAUGGCAACCUGCCACGCAACAAACCGACGUGCAGAGCACCUACGUAUGA